AAAGCAAACGACGGAUUCCUUAUAGUGGAGGGAAUCGGAGCCAUCGGUGCCCUCAAAGUGACCGUCAGUUCUGGCAAAAAGUCUUUGACGAUUAGCAAUGUCUACGGCUUGGGUGCGGGCGCUGUGGCCGACAUUAAUGGCGGCAAAAAUGGUAAUAAAAAUGUAGACGAAAAACAAGAAGUGAAGACAAUUACCGAACCUUUAUAUGAGAAAUACAUGAAAUCGUUGUCAUUGAAGGACUCUUCUAAUGGUCUAUUGGUUUUGGCCGAAGGACUGAACGUUGGGGAGGCUGUGAUCGCCACCCGUGAGGGUUGGCUCGAUGUUAAGGGCGCCUCCGGUUUCAAACUCGGAUCCUAUACUGAGAUCUCUACUCGCGGUUAAAAUAUUGGGUCUAAUUAUUUAUUUAAUGUAAUUUAAACAUAAAAAUAAAAACUCAUUACAAUUUAAUAUAAAGUACAUGUAUUAUGUU